AUGCCAGAGCAGCUGGUAAACUUGAAGAGCCCAGUUCCUCCAACAUUUCAGAUUCUGGAUUUCGGUGACCGCGCAAAACCUCUGCAUGAAGUGCUGCCUGGGUGCUGCAGGAAGUGGAUCAAAGAGACCGAUUCAGUUUACGUCAGGCUGGCAAAGCAAGGAGGACUGACAGAAGCAGAACACUCCUGUCACAAGGAGGUCCUCUUCAGCAGCAUAUGCUGCAUCAGACUGAUAUUCGCAGAUAUGAAACGUGUUUGGCACUGGGAUGGUGAGGACAAAGAAAAUGAAGAGAAAAAGAAGAUGAAGCUUAUUUCAAUCAGAGAACUAAGGCCUACUGAGAGAAGAAGUGAAGCAGUAAACUUUAGCAGAUUAAUUAGCAAUGGCUAUGGGACACCCUGGUUUCAGCAGUGUGUUGGACGGGAAAGAAAGAUUCAAGAAACAUGGGAAAAUAGUGAACAGUCCAAAG